AUGUUUCACCGAUACAAUUAUCCUCGUCCCCCUCCACCUCAAAAUUUUUUUCAAGUUCCGAAUGCGUCUACCGAAACCCCACAACGAUAUCUACAGUUCCGAAAUUUUCAUGCUGCGCAUUUUAGUCGCCCGCAUCAAGAAUUUUUUCUUCGUGCUUUGAAUCCUAUUAGUCCUCCUUGGACUCUCUGGAAUAUUAACGGAGAUGAAGGAUGGGAACAAGAAGAAGUUACUGGUGACGUGUAUUACGAGGAAGGUCCUGAACAUGAUUGCUGGGAAGAACAAGAGGAGGAGGAUGGCAAAGAAAAUGUGGAGUUUGUAUUGAGUGAAGAGGCUAUUGCAAUGUUUCGAUUUUCGGAGCUACGGAAACUUGAACUUGAAAAAGAGUAUUCGAAAAUCGAAGAAAACAAGAAAAAUAAUCAGGAUAAAGAAAUCUCUUAUGAAGAAGAGGAGAUAUGCAUGGAAGAACCUCAUCCAUCUUAUAUUCGGCCAACCCCAUUCUCUUGUGAGCAGAUGCGAGAGUUAUAUGGUGAAAAUCGACACCGGAGUAUCGAGUGUUUGGAGGCCGCGGUGAAUGCUACUUUCGAACAAAGCUUUCUUAAACGAAUUAAUGAUAGUCGAAAAUCGAUCGUUGAUGAUAACCACAGUAUUAAAGAGGAAGAGGAGAUGGAUGUGGUUUAUUGGCCUAUUCUACCAUUACGUUUUGUAUAA